GAUUAUCGCACCGCGCAUGCACGCGCACCAGCACUGCCGGAACGCACUAGUUUUGGAUAAAAGUUUUAUCCCAAGAAUUCAUAAAGCCACUGAGCAUUUCGGGAAUGUCUUUGAAAAAUUGUUACGAAUUAUAGUGAUUUAAUAUCUGAUUUUAGACGUUCCUUUUCCGAAAGAUACACUUUGGGCUGAAAUUAGUUAUCCGAUUGGCCUUUGCCCUUUGACAUGACCGAACCGACGAUGAUCUUCUUGAGUUAAUGAGAGAAUGCACAGUGAGAAAGUCGCUGAUCUUCUCUGCUUAUUUUUUACCUAAUCGGGGUAAAAAUGGGGGUUCUUGACGAAUUCAUAGGGAAAGCUUUCUAUUAUACUGUAGAUGCACCGGUCACCCUUGUUAGAGAUUUUGUUGAGCGGCAACAGAACAGGCGCCCUUACUCCUACUACCACAGGAAGUACCGACGUGUGACUCCAGUUGAAGAUUGCAACACUGAUGAUUAUGUGUGCCUGUACGAAGCAGAGAUGCAGUACAGGAGAGAUAGGUUGGUGGAUCAGGAGAUCAUAAUCCGCCUGCAGAAACUUCUCGGCGAGUGCUCAACAAGGGAAGGGCCCAAUGCCAAGUUUGCAUGUAAACCCUUGCUAGACGAAUAUGAUGUGGCCGCAACAAACUAUGAUACCAAAUAUGGAGGUUUGGGAGCGGCCGGCACUGCUGUUAGAUGCAUGAUGAAACAGAAGCACCGUAUGCUCGAAGAGAGGAGGAAGGCUAACGAGGCCAGCCAGUGAUGCCCCAGAUGAUGUACACGUAUUGAUGUAGAGUUAAAGAAGUUGCAGAUGUUGAAUUUGACACACAUGAAAUCCGAUGAAAAUUAAGCAAAGGGUGUAUGAAGAGAUUUUAAUUGGAAAAAGUGUACAUGCAUAGACGUACCUCACAUCUUGAUGUACAGUGUACAUUGUGUAGUUCCUUAGCAGAGGUUAAAUGCCAUACAACCCACUGCACAACAGAGACCUCUCGUGGCAUUUUUGGGCUUACCACAGAAACGGUUUGAAAUGAGUGUUUGCGAAAUGAUGGAUGCCAGGUGUAUGCCACUGCAGAGGGUCUGUAAUAGACAGUGGGUGUUUGUUUAUUGCCCUCAGUGGUCAUUGCUUCCUUCCUGCAGUUCAGAUGCACAUAAUGUACAGGUCAGGAAAUGACGUGACACAAAUGUACAAUGUACACAUUCUUUCCCUUCCAGAUUUCUGUGGAGUGCUGUACUUCAUUUGCCAAAAUGGACAAACUGUAUGUGUACAUGUAAAUGUGGUCUUGGGGAUUGCUGUGCAAAUGAGAAUAUUGGUUUUUGUUGGCAGUUGAUCUUGUAAAGAUGAAGUUGAAUUCAACCAAGUAUAAUUAAUGAUAGAUUGCACGGUGAUAGAAAGAAAACUUUUUUUGAAGUAAAACCUGUUUGAAGUACCUGGCAUAUUUCAUUUUUCUCUGCAACUAUUGGUUUACAUAGGUUGUAAAAAGCAUUGUUAGAUCAAAUACCAACCAAACACACAUGCAUGCGUAUGUUGACAAAACAUAGUUUUGGUAGUGUUUUGCCUGCUUACAUCUGCAAAAUGAACGUUGGUGUUACAAACAACAGGCUGGGAACUUUUCUCAAUCACCCAAUUUCCUCUUUUUGAACUUGCUGUUAAAACAUGCUGUUGCUCUUAACAUGCUGUUAAAAAGACCGAAUAAUGUCUUUAGCAGUCUAAAAACUGUAGAACUGUCAUUUGGUCUGACGACUUUCCACUUGCUGUUUGGGAAAAAAUCAUUCUGAUGUUGAAUUUUAAAGGGAAUGAUGACAGCGGGUGCUUUUUUUUUUGCCAUUCAUUUCAGGUGACACUUCCUGCAUGGUUUUGCAUUGGCAACUUUUUGAGUGGAUUUAAUAAAUGUAAUCUACUGUUGUUAAAUUACA